AUGUCCAUUACUACUCAUAGUUCACUGCUAGCUUUUGCGCCGACCGGAUUGGCUUUGCUUACUCAUGCCGUGUUCCAUUACUAUGAACCUCCCAAGCCUAUUGUGCCCGUUCUUACCAUAGUUCUUGCUUGUCCUGCCGCUGUUGUGGCACUAGUAGGAGAUUGGUGCGCAUGGAACGUGGCCAAGACGUAUCUGGUUUAUGCGCUCUCGCUUUUCACAUCGAUAACCGCCUAUCGGCUGUCUCCCGUACAUCCCCUCUCAAAGUAUCCCGGACCUGUGCUGUUUAAGGUAUCGAAGCUCCCAUGUAUACCCAUCACAAUUAAGGGCGAAAGACACCUACUCCUUAAGACUCUGCAUGCCAAGUACGGACCCGUUGUCCGAGUCGGUCCCAAUGAUCUUUCGAUAGUGGAUGCGGACGCUAUCCCUGCUGUCCUCGGAGCUGGAGGUCUCGUUAAAGGCCGAUUCUACGACAUUCGCAGAGACCCCACCGCACCGAGUAACCUACUCGCUAUGUCAGGAGAUGCGCACGCGAACAGGAGACGUCUCUGGAACAGGAGUAUGAGCAGCGAGAGUCUCAAGGACUACGAAGAACUUAUCGUGACGCGUGUGACACAGCUUGUCGAGAGGCUUGAAGGUCUCGCCGGGCCAGUUGAUCUUGUGAGCUGGAUCAACUACUUCACGUUCGACUUCAUGGGCGACAUGGCUUUCGGCGGCGGGUUUCACAUGCUCGAGGAUGGUGCGGACAAGACAGGCCUAUGGGGAGUCAUAGAGACUUUUGCUGCCUCGGUAGAAGUCAUUUCUCAAAUUCCAUGGUGCGCUCAGCUCCAGAGAAAGAUACCGAUGGUAGCAAGAAACCUGCAAGCUUUGCGUACCAUGGGUGUUGGAUGUGCGACCGCCCGUCUGAAAAACGGCUCAACGAAGAAGGAUCUCUGGUACCACUUGUCAGAUGAAGCAGGUCUGGAGAAGGAGAAGCCAGCGACGAGGGACGUCAUCGCCGACGGAACCCUUACAAUUAUCGCGGGAGCUGAUACGACGUCGUCUGCAAUGGCCAGUCUCUUUUGGUUCCUGCUAACACAUCCCGAAUGCUAUCGACGCCUGCAGACAGAGGUCGAUGCUGUAUAUCCUUCAGGCGAGGAUGCCCUAGACGUCUCCAAGCACGGAGGGCUCAAAUACCUGGCUGCUAUAAUCAAUGAGACGCUCCGGCUCGCGCCUCCAGUCCCGACGGGUGGGCCCAGGGAGCUUAAGAAGGGAAUGGGAAGUCGAGUAAUCGCUGGACACGUCAUUCCAGAAGGCACCCAGAUCUACCUCCCGCCCUAUGUAUACCAUCGGAACCCCUGCUACUGGCCCGGUGCGACAGACGACUUCGUCCCCGAGCGCUGGCUCGAGCCCGCUGCACAACAGAACUUCGCGGCGUUCGUCCCAUUCUCGUACGGCCCCGCGAACUGCGUCGGCAAGAAUCUCGCGCGGCGCGAGAUGACGAUGGUCGUGAGCCUGCUCGUGCAGAAGUUCGAGUUCACGUUCGCGGACGGCUUCGACUGGCAGGCGUGGCCAGACACUUUGCGCGACUACUUUAUCCUAACCCGGGGCCCACUCCUAGUUACGCUGCGGGAGCGCCAAGCCCGAAAAUCUUAA